CGAAAGCGAGCCAAAAAAAAAAAAAAAGCAGAACAAAAAUUUUCUGAAAUUGCCAACCUUUUUGCUUAGUCAAGAAGCUCCUCCUCCGAUGAAAUUUCGAGCUCACUGGAAAGUUUAGUUUUUUCUUCUCCGUUCGCGUUCUACUUUCUCAGUUUGUACGCUUGAAGUUGCAUUCAGUAGAUUACUAUUUGGAAACAAUGUUUGGAACUGUGGAAGACUAUGAAGAGAUGUUUCGAGACAGUAUUUUCCAGUCAAGAAGUGGAUCACUCUCUUCAAGAAAUCAAACUGGAAAUCCUGUUCCUUACAAGCUUGUGCGGGUUGCAGGAGAUGGGAGACUAGUUCCUGCAACUGAUGAAGAAAUGUUGGAGGUCAAAGAAUUACUUAAGAACAACGAGAAUGAUAUGCCUGUUUUGCCAGAUCCUAUACCUACUGAGGACAUUCUCGAUGAAGGGUCGCCUUCUCAAUUUCUGCAGCUAGAAAGUUUCGAAGGCUUAUUCGAGUCGGAAACUGCAGAGGCAAAUACAGAAAAUUUGAAUUCUCGACUUGAGUCACAGAUGCUUAUUGCUCUUCCAGAGACCCAAUUUAAGAUUACUAGUGUGCUGUGUGAGAAUGAAGAGCAAGUCCAAUCCGAAGAUUUGCUGCGGGAACCACUUCUUUUUCCAUCAAAUGGAUGUAGUAUGAUUCAAUCUGGGGAUGUGUCACCAUACUUAAAUGCUACUGGUAGUCCUAAAGAACCUGCUUUGUCAACUGCUGCCUCGCAAACUGAAUUUUCUAGAGUAGCAGGCGAGACAUACUUGGAUAAUCUUUCAAUCAAAGCAUUGCAAGAAACAUUCAGAGCAAAGUUUGGUCGUGAAACUACUUGCAAGGACAAACAAUGGCUGAAAAGGAGGAUCACAUUGGGAUCGAUUAAUUCAUGUGUUGUACCAACAACUAGCCUGACAAUAGCUAAUAACAAACUGAUUAGUGGAGGUCAAGAUUCAGGUGAGGCUUUUAGCAAGGAUGCAGUAGAUGAAGAAAGAGCUACUGAAAGCAAAGAUACGCCAUCUAGUCCUGAUUGCACAAAGGGACAUUCAAAUGAUUUUGGUUAUAGUCCUGUUGAAACUUUUGUGGACCAUUAUUCUGGAAAUGAAGAUUUUGAAGGUGAAUAUAGGUCUGCAAAAAGAGUUAGGAAGCCUACUAGGAGAUAUAUUGAAGAAAUUUCAAAACCCGAUGAAAAACAGCAAAAUGAUGAGUCAAUGAUCCCUUCAAAAGAACAGAGCUCUAUUCAAGCCGUUUCUUCAGGAGGGAGAGUUGUUAUCACCAGGAUGGUAUCCCUUGCUGGUUCCAGAGUUCAGGUUCCCUAUGUUUCUCAUGUAAGGAGAAGCCGUCCAAGAGAAAACAUAAUGGCUCUGGGGGAAUUUCAUUCCAAGUCAUCGGAGGUGAAAGGUACUCCAGAUGAGAGUAACCUAAAUCUAAGUCCAUCUCAGUGGAACAAUGAUGUGAACCGAGUUUCAGGUGUCAAAUCUGCUUCUGGACCUGUCCAGAAAGAAAGCAGGAAGGACCAUUUAAAACUAAUUUUUAAUGAAGUGGAUCAAGACAUCACGGAGCCAGAGAACUUAGACUCACCUGGAGAUAGCUCAGAUGAUAAUAAUAGCGUUGAUCUACCAGUCACGCAAAUUGCAAUUAGAAGGAAGCAUCACCGAGCUUGGACUCUCUCCGAAGUUGUAAAACUUGUCGAAGGUGUGUCCAAACAUGGAGUAGGGAAAUGGUCUGAGAUCAAAAGGCUUUCAUUUUCAUCAUCGGCGUACCGUACCUCUGUGGAUCUUAAGGACAAAUGGCGAAAUUUACGAAGAGCUUGCUUGUCUCAGACUGCUUCAAACAGGAUGGGAGGUCUGAAGAAACAGGGGUCAAUGGCGAUUCCUAGUGAGAUUAUGUUGCAGGUAAAAGAACUUUCUCAGAAACAGUCACCGGUAACCAAAGCUAGAGUAGUGAAGAGAUCAAGAAACGGUUUGUUGUAGCGUUUCUUUCCGUAUAAAUUUACUGCCGUGGAUGUGAGAUGAACUGCUCGGUUUUUUCUUUUAUUUUCGUAGACUUGUAGUUUUCAGGUAGUUUUUGUGAUUUAAACGCGAUUACUAACUGGUGUUCAGAAUUGAUAUGAACGCUUCUCUUACUCUA